AUGAAAUAUUUAGGGUUUCUUUUCUUUAGCACUCUUUCAAGGCGAAUAACAUCUCACUCCUACCCGCAAAGCUUUUAUGGGUUUUCUUUCUUUGACUCAAUCAAAUAUCUCACUCCUACAGGCAAAGCUGGUGUAGGUUUUCUUUUCUUUACUCUUUCAAGGCGAAUAACAUCUCACUACUACAGGCAAAGCUGGUGUAGUGUUUUCUUUUCUUUGUACUCUUCAAGGCGAAUAACAUCUCCCUCCUACAGGCAAAAGCUGGUGUGGGUUUCUUUUCUUUUGUACUCUUUCAAGGCCGAAUAUCAUCUCACUCUCUUAUGGCAAAGCUGGUGUAGGUUUUCUUUUUCUUUGUACUCUUUCAAUGCAGAUAACAUCUCAUUCCUACAGGAAAAAGCUGGGCGUGUAACAUCUCACUCUGGAAAAUCUGUUGUUUUUUUCUUUUCUUUGUACUCUUUCAAUGCGAAUAACAUCUCCUCCUACUGGCAAAGCUGGUGUAGGUUUUUCUUUUCUUUGUACUUUUCAAGGCGAAUAACAUCUUCCUACAGGCAAGCUGGUGUAGGUUUUCUUUCUUUGUACUCUUUCAAGGCGAAUAACAUCUCGCUCCUCCUGGCAAAGCUGGUGUUGGUUUUCUUUUCUUUGUACUCUUUCAAGGCGAAUAACAUCUCACUCCUACGGGCAAAGCUGGUGCGAAUAACAUCUCACUCCUACGGGCAAAGCUGGUGUAGGUUUUCUUUUCUCUUCCUACUUUUUUUCAAGUACUCUUUCAAGAAUAACAUCUCCUUCAGGCAAGCUAAGUUUUUCUUUAGUCUUUGGUGUAGGUUUUCUUUUCUACGGGCAAAUGUCACUCCUACGCGAAUAACAUCUCACUCCUACGGGCAAAGCUGGUGUAGGUUUUCUUUUCUUUGUACUCUUUCAAGGCGAAUAACAUCUCACUCCUACGGGCAAAGCUGGUGUAGGUUUUCUUUUCUUUGUACUCUUUCAAGGCGAAUAACAUCUCACUCCUACGGGCAAAGCUGGUGUAGGUUUUCUUUUCUUUGUACUUUUUCAAGGCGAAUAACAUCUCACUCCCCCACAGGCAAAGCUGGUGUAGGUUUUUUUCUUUCUUUUCAAGCUUUCUUUUCUUUGUACUCUUUCAAGGCGAAUAACAUCUCACUCCUUCAGGGCAAAGCUGGUGUAGGUUUUCUUUUUUCUUUGUACUCUUUCAAGAAUAACAUCUCACUCCUACAGGCAAAGCUGGUGUACUUUUAUCUUUCAAGUCGAAUAACAUCUCACUACUACAGGCAAAAGCUGGUGUAUUUUUCUUUUCUUUGUACUCUUUCAAGGCGAAUAACAUCUCACUCCUUCAGGCAAAGCUGGUGUAGGUUUUUCUUUUCUUUGUACUCUUUCAAGCCGUAUAACAUCUCACUCCUACAGGCAAAGCUGGUGUGGUUUUCUUUUCUUUGUAUCUUUCAGGCAGACAUCUCACUUUUUUCUUUUUUUUCUUUAUUACUCUUUCAAGGCCGAAUAACAUCUCACUCCUACGGGCAAAGCUGGUGUAGGUUUUUUUUUUUUUGUGCUCUUUCAAGGCGAAUAACAUCUCACUCCUACGGGCAAAACUGGUGUAGGUUUUCUUUUCUUUGUACUCUUUCAAGGCGAAUAACAUCUCACUCCUACGGGCAAAGCUGGUGUAGGUUUUCUUUUCUUUGUACUCUUUCAAGGCGAAUAACAUCUCACUCCUACGGGCAAAGCUGGUGUAGGUUUUCUUUUCUUUGUACUCUUUCAAUGCGAAUAACAUCUCACUCUCCUACAUCUCAAGGCUGGUGUUGGUUUUCUUUUCUUUGUACUCUUUCAAGGCUUUUCUUUGUACUAACAUCUCACUCCUACGGGCAAAGCUGGUGUAGAUUUUCUUUUCUUUGUACUCUUUCAAAGCGAAUAACAUCUCACUCCUACGGGCAAAGCUGGUGUAGGUUUUUUCUUUUCUUUGCGAAUAACAUCUCACUCCUACGGGCAAAGCUGGUGUAUGUUUUCUUUUCUUUGUACUCUUUCAAGGCGAAUAACAUCUUUUUCCUUUCACUCUUUUCUUUAUAUUAUUUAUACGACUAUCUAUCUAUCUAUCUAUCUAUCUAUCUAUCUAGUUAUUAUAGCAUGAUUUAUUUAUUUGUCUAUUUAUAUAACUUCCUAUCUAUCUAUCUAUCUAUUUAUUAUAGCAUGAUUUAUUUAUUUUUCUAUCUAUCUAUCUAUCUAUCUAUCUAUCUAUCUAUCUAUCUUCCUAUCUAUCUAUCUAUCUAUCUAUCUAUCUAUCUACCGAUUUUUAGUAGCAUGAUUUAUUUAAAUUUUUGCUUUUAUCUAUCUAUCUAUCUAUCUAUCUAUCUAUCUAUCGAGUCAGCUAGUUUCUAUUUAUUUGUUUUUCACUAUCCGUUAAUAUCUAUCUAUCUAUUUAUCUAUCUAUCUAGUUAUUAUAGCAUGAUUUAUUUAUUUUUCUAUUUAUACAACUUGCUAUCUAUCUAUCUAUCUAUCUAUCUAUCUAGCUAUAUCUAUGUAUCUAUCGAUCUAUUUAUCUAUCUAAAUUUCGAAAUCUAUCUAUCUAUCUAUCUAUCUAUCUAUCUAUCUAUCUAUCUAUCUAUCUAUCUAUCUAUCUAUCACAUCUCUGGAUUAUCUAUCUAUCUAUCUAUCUAUCUAUCUAUUAUCAUCAUCUAUCUAUCUAUUAUCUAUCUAUCUAUCUAUCUAUUACAGUCUAUUUAUCUAUCUAUCUAUCUACCAAGCAAGGCAGUACAGUCAUUAGCACUUUGUCAUCUAUCUAUCUAUCUAUCUAUCUAUCUAUCUAUCUAUCUAUCUAUCUAUCUGUGUCUGCUCUUAUCUAUCUAUCUAUCUAUCUAUCUAUCUCUGUCUGGUCUUAUCUAUCUAUCUAUCUAUCUAUCUCUGUCUGGUCUUAUCUAUCUAUCUAUCUAUCUAUCUAUCUAUCUAUCUAUCUAUCUAUCUAUCUGUUCCAAGGAAUACGGCACACUAUCAACGGAGGAUAUCGCUCGCUUUUCAUGA